AUGCCCGCCGUAGCUCCAGCCCUGGCACCCACCCGAUGCAGCAUUUGCGAACGUGCCGUAAGUGGCACCAGGCUGGCUGCCUGGCUGACAAUUCAGCAAAUCAUAGGUGUCAAACUUACCGCACGUGUUUCCCGAUCUGCACACGAACACGCAGGUGUCCAUGUCCGAGAUGCACCCCGUGGAGGUCGUCACGCUUAUCCUGGAGCCGGCCAUGUUGACUUCGCGCGAGAUAUCGACGGUUGCAUACUUCCCAGUUGUGAAUUCUCCCCAGGUAUUUUCGAUCAGCCCAUGUUGGCUGAGCCGAGUCCGACGGUCAACCAAGGUAGACCAGCCGCCAGAAACACCAUUUUCCACGCUAACAGUGACAGAGUCGUCGCGUUUGUGGAGGGAGUAGGAGAUUUUUGGGCGGCGAGCACUCAUGGAGAUGGUCUGAUAGCUAUUGGGCACAAAGUCCCAAAGGACCAGUAUCAUUGGGACUUCAGCUUGAUUCGUGAAGGUAAAGGUAUUGGCCCCGUCGUUACCGAUCCAGAUGUGGCCGUUGCUAACGUUUACAUUCUCUCCUUGACCGGCCAUGCCAAUGCUAGACAUGUAUUGGCAAUCAGCUUCGGUAAGGCCAAGAGCAGGCUUACUGCAGUCGAAAUGGCGGCCGUCAAUACGACGCACGCCCGCACUAAACAAGACACAUCAAUAUGGGCCGAUGGGCAUAGCUGGGUAUUUGAGUACACAGUAAUUUACAUAGAAGACAACGCGGCGGCACAAGCCGAGGACAGCGAUGUCGUCAAGACAGAACCAAAUAUUACUAGUCUCAGCAUGGUUGAUAGAUUCAGAUUCGCACCCGCAUCGAGAUACGAAGACACCAAGAACAUGUUUAGAAAAGAGGCAUGGGAAUAUAUGUGA